CACCUUUCUCUUCAUAUCUCAAAACACACAAAUCACAAAAUCACUUUCCAUUUAAUUUGAAGCACUGUUCGUCAAGCUUGGUGAAAUGGCAAUGUCGUCAGAGAACGAACACCCAGUGAAGGCUUUUGGAUGGGCAGCCAGAGAUUCUUCGGGACAUCUCUCUCCCUUCAAAUUCUCAAGAAGGUAAUAUACCUUUAUUUUUCUUUUCUUUGUUUCUGUUUUCUUGGUGCAGCUGAAAAUACCACAAAGGUGAGAUCUUUUUUCUCAAAAUGCAUUAAUUAUCUUUUUUUAUAGGGCCACUGAAGAAAAAGAUGUGACUUUUAAGGUAUUGUACUGUGGCAUAUGCCAUUCUGAUCUCCACAAUGUCAAAAACGAAUUGGGAAUAACUUCUUAUCCUGUUAUACCCGGGCAUGAGAUUGUUGGUGUGGUCACUAAAGUAGGCACCAAAGUGACAAAAUUCAAAGUUGGGGACAAAGUGGGUCUUGGGUGUAUGGUUGGAUCAUGUCGCUCUUGUGCAAAUUGCAAAGACAAUCUUGAAAAUUAUUGCCCCAAGAUGAUCCUGUCCUAUGGUACAAAGUACUAUGAUGGAACCAUCACUCAUGGUGGUUAAUCAGACAUCAUGGUAUCAGAUGAGCAUUUUGUAAUUAAAAUCCCUGACAACUUGCCUCUUGAUGGUGGUGCUCCACUCCUUUGUGCUGGGAUUACUGUUUACAGUCCACUGAAGUACUAUGGGCUUGAUAAGGUUGGAAUGCACUUAGGGGUUGUUGGGCUUGGUGGGCUUGGGCACAUGGCUGUAAAAUUUGCUAAGGCCAUGGGCCUUAAAGUGACUGUCAUCAGUACCUCACCUAAUAAGAAGGAGGAAGCCGUGGACCAUUUAGGAGCCGAUGGAUUCUUGGUUAGCCGUAAUAUAGAAGAGAUGCAAUCUGCAAUGGAUACAAUGGAUGGAAUCAUCGACACUGUCUCUGCUGUGCAUGCUCUUUUGCCUUUGAUCGGUCUCUUGAAAACCAAUGGCAAGCUUGUCAUGGUUGGUGCACCAAACAAGCCACUUGAGCUACCUGUUUUGCCACUUCUCUUAGGAAGAAAGAUCGUGGGAGGAAGUAUCAUUGGAGGGAUUAAAGAGACGCAAGAGAUGAUGGAUUUCGCAGCAAAGCACAACAUAGUUGCAGAUAUUGAGGUUAUUCCUAUGGAUUAUGUGAAUACUGCCAUGGAGCGCUUGUUAAAAGCAAAUGUUAAGUAUCGAUUUGUCAUCGACAUUGCCAAUUCAUUGAAGCCAAUCUAAUGAUCAUUCCAAUGGAUUACUACUUGGUUCAGCGUGGAUGAAGAUUACAUUUCUUUUAUCUUGUUUUCUCGGGUUCAUGUUUUAUUACUAAGAUGAUAUUUCCACUUCAUAA